GUAGCUUUUCUUGAUCAGUUUAUGUGCGCGCCCGUCCGUAAUUUUUUUGUUCUGAGUUUCUUGAUCUCGGUGCACGCUCGCUUGUUGUGAGUUGUUUCGUGCUGCAGCAAGACCCGCGAAAGUGCCCCAAAUUUUCGACUUGAGGUAGCCCACCCUCGACGACUACCGAGUAGCAAUGGCCCGUACCAAGCAGACCGCCCGUAAGUCUACCGGUGGCAAGGCGCCCCGCAAGCAGCUGGCCACCAAGGCGGCGCGCAAGAGUGCCCCUUCGACGGGCGGCGUCAAGAAGCCCCAUCGCUACAGGCCCGGCACUGUGGCCCUCAGGGAGAUCCGUCGUUACCAGAAAUCCACCGAACUGCUCAUCCGCAAGCUGCCCUUCCAGCGCCUCGUGCGUGAGAUUGCGCAGGACUUCAAGACCGAUCUGCGCUUCCAGAGCGCAGCCAUCGGAGCUCUCCAGGAAGCGAGUGAGGCGUACUUGGUUGGCCUCUUUGAGGACACCAACCUGUGCGCCAUCCACGCCAAGCGCGUGACCAUCAUGCCCAAGGACAUCCAGCUGGCCAGACGGAUCCGUGGGGAGCGUGCCUAAAGCAGCCGCUCCUGCACAAAGGGACACACUCCUUCUCUUCGCCCCGCUCGUCGUCCUCGCUCUACACACAUCAUCGUCAUCGCCCCCUUUGUAUCCUCGUUCUCUGCUCCAGUGUUCUUUUGGGUGGCAGCAUUCAACAAGCCUGGGACAGACAAUGCCAUCCACCGUUGUUCACGUGUCGGUGCUGUGUGUGCUUUCGUUGCCGCACUCUCGGGGCAGUGGCCACCGCACGACAGUGAACCGGCCAGUGCCCUCCUCGCGCAACACCCGAGGAAGUGCCGUGUGAACCAACAUCUCAGUGUUGUCCUCCUCAGCUGCUUGAGCCCACACUUUGUGCCCUCUGCGUAUAUCGUAAGCUCGAGGCAAUAUUGGCCUACACUUUGCAGGUUUUCUUUUUUUUUUUUCCAGAUCUUUUCAGUUGCAUUCUUUAUUCUCCAAGCCCGUUGGUUCUGCACAUUUUUCAUUUCAUAAAUCAUGUCAUCGUGUAGCGUUGCAUUGACUGGUCGUAGUGCGCAGAUCGCAGCAGUUCUGCCACGUGCACAGGAAGUGGCCCAGUGUUGCUGCUGCAUUGGUCAGCCUCUGGUGAACCGGUUGGGGGGGCCUGCUUACAGAGAACGUCUCUGGAAUGAUUUGGCAAGCUCUUCGUGGAAAGGGUGGCACCAUUGUCUGGCAAGGUUUUGUGUGUGCAGGAAUACCUCCGCAAGCGGGCCCCCCCUCUGCAAAUACACGUACUUAAGACAAAAAAAAAAGUUAUCCCAAUCUUGUUGGCUAUCGCAAUUCUGAAUAAAGCGCGUAGUUGCACAAGGCAUUGGCAGGACAAAAACAAAGGGGAAUCGUGUCGGAUGUGCUCGUGAGAAGUCUUUAAAUUCAAUCCAGAGGGUACUGCUGCGAGGUUUUUUUUUUUUUCCUCUAAGUGCAGCCUUUACAAACAUUGCUCAGUUUAACAUGAGCUAUUAGUUUGUGCUCCAAAUGAUUUUUCACGGGAGUCUCGUGUGUGCUCAGAUUUGUUUAGUUUUUUUGUACCACUGCCACGUUUUGCCGUGAAAAAAAAAGUGCAGCCUUGUACACAUUCAGUUUUCAUGGUUGUAAUUCUUUUUUUUUUUUUCUGGAACUGUACCCUCCAUUUUCUUCUUUUUCUUGCGCUUGUAUGGAAAGCAAGCUGUGUACUGUCAUGUUGGUGUACAAGUGUGUCGAGAGAGGGGCUAACCAGUGUUUUUAAUAAAUGUUUGCAUAUCUAUUCAAUAUCAUGUCACCACCAUUACACCUUGCAUGUAGCGAUAGUUUGUCAAGCGACGGGUCGUAGAUGCGUUUGUCAAAUCUGGUCUUCACCGUGAUUGAAACAAAAUGAAAUUGGAAUAAAGUGCAUCACAUUCCAA